AUGCUUUGCAUAAGACGUUCGUUGAGCCGCUUCGUUGACAGCUGCCCGCGUCCACGAUACGAUACUGGAUGUACGUACUGCGAGAUUCCCAAAUUUCCUGCCGAUAAACAAAUUGAUUUCGAUCGUAAUUUGAAUGGAACCCAACCGGAAACUUGGAAACAUUUACUCAUUCUUAGUCAUGGUUAUCCAUCAAUGGAGGCAAUGCCUCCACGUAUAGAAUUAACUCCUGCAACUCUUUCUUCCGAGAUCAAUGCAGUUAAGCGCCAAAUGCUUUCGCCUAUGCAUCCUGUUGCUGUAUCAAAUGUGGUGGUUAAUAAUCAUACAUUACCAAAUAAGCCGCUUGGCCCACAGGAGCAUUUCGUGUACUUGUACCCAGACAGGAAGUCAAUUCGUUUUGAGGCAAAAGAUUUGGCAACAUUCAUUGCUAGAUACUUGGUUCCGGAGGAAAAACCAGAGGUGUAUAAUCCUUUUAAACAAGAAGUUGAAAAAACUCAAAGAAUCCAACAAUCAUCGAUAGAAUUUGAGGAACAAGAUAUUACCGACGAAUUGGUGUUGAUAUGUGGUCAUGGACUGCGGGAUGUACGAUGCGGAGUAAUGGGACCCUUAUUGCAGCGAGAAUUCGACCAGGUACUUACGCAGGAGAAUAUGCUGCUGCAUGUCAAAACCGGGCAGAUAACGCAUGUAGGAGGACAUGCAUACGCAGGAAACGUUGUAUAUUUUCCGCGUAAAGGUGAAAGUGUUUGGUAUGGGCGGGUGUUCCCUGAGGAUGUUCAGGGUAUAGUUGACACAACUAUCAAACAAGGCGUGAUUAUCCGUGACAAGUAUCGCGGGUAUGUAAAUGGUGCAUAG